UGCGCAGCGGCAGCGCCAGCCUGCAGGCCCAGGUGACGGCGCCUGACGGCGGCCGGGCCGAGGCCGAGGUGCUAGACAACAAGAACGGCACCUACGAGCUGGUCUACACGCCGCGGCAGGAGGGCGACUUCCUGCUCUCCAUCCUGCUGUACGGGCAGCCCAUCCGGGGCAGCCCCUUCCGCACCAAGGCCCUCAAGGCCUGUGACGUGCCCCCCUCGCCCGACGACGUCAAGCGCCGCGUCAAGUCCCCCAGCAGCGGGCACAUCAGGCAGAAGGCUGUGCGGCGCCCCUCCAGCAUGUAUGGCAGCGGCAAGAAGAAGGAGAACCCCAUCGAGGACGAGCUCAUCUUCCGCGUGGGAAGCCGAGGCCGGGAGAAGGGGGAAUUCACCAACCUGCAGGGCAUCUCCACCUCCAGCUCUGGUCGCAUCGUGGUGGCCGACAGCAAUAACCAGUGUGUGCAGGUCUUCUCCAACGAGGGCCAGUUCCGGCUGCGCUUCGGCGUGCGGGGCCGCUCCCCUGGGCAGCUGCAGCGCCCCACCGGCGUCACGGUCGACAUGAACGGGGACAUCAUCAUCGCUGACUACGACAACCGCUGGGUCAGCAUCUUCUCCCCCGAGGGCAAGUUCAAGACGAAGAUCGGGGCUGGGCGGCUGAUGGGCCCCAAGGGCGUGGCCGUGGACCGCAAUGGCCACAUCAUCGUGGUGGACAACAAGGCCUGCUGCGUCUUCAUCUUCCAGUCCAACGGGAAGCUGGUGACCAAGUUUGGUGGCCGCGGGACGGCGGAGCGGCAGUUUGCAGGUACCCUCGAUGGGCCCCACUUCGUCGCUGUUAACAACAAGAACGAGAUCGUGGUGACCGACUUUCACAACCACUCGGUGAAGGUGUACAGCGCCGACGGCGAGUUCCUCUUCAAGUUCGGCUCCCACGGGGAGGGGAACGGGCAGUUCAACGCCCCCACCGGUGUGGCCGUGGACUCCAACGGCAACAUUAUCGUGGCCGACUGGGGCAACAGCCGGAUCCAGGUAGGCAGCGAGGGCCGGGACCUACCGGGGGGCCCUGGGAGCCUGCCAGGCUGGUGGUUCCUCCCCUUCCCACACACAUUGGCAUUCCUGUCUCCGGCAUUAGAGAAAUGGGACUCUAAGCGCCCGGCCCCAUUGUGUCUGGUGGCAGUACGUUCCGCAGGCUCGUCCCACCUAGAGCGGGAGGGGAUUUCCCUGGUCCAUGAGACCAUCCCCAGUGCUGCCCAACUUCUGACUGGCACUGGUGGGUAGCGAUCCGGGCCGUGG